GCCCACAUCUGUCUGUUAAAUCUCAGCAGCUGGAGGGAGAGCUAAAAAAAGCAGCACCAUCAUGUCUUGUGGAAUAGUUUGUUCCAACAUGGGUCUCAAGGCUGGAAAGCGCAUUGGUGUGAAGGGCGAAAUCUCUGCAGGUGCCAAGAGCUUUGUGCUGAACCUAGGGAAAGACAAAGCCAACCUAGUGCUGCACUUCAAUCCACGUUUUGAUGUUCAUGGGGAUGUCAGGACCAUCGUGUGCAACUCCCUGGACAAAGGGGAGUGGGGUGCUGAGCAGAGAGAAUCAGCCUUCCCCUUUCAGGAGGGCACCAAUGUGGAGAUCUUCAUCACUCAUGACCCAAGUAAUCUAACAAUUGCUUUGCCAAACAACCAUCAGUUCAAGUUCCCUAACCGGUUGGGUCUCCAGGUCAUCGACUUCCUGAAUGCAGAAGGUGACUUCAUAAUCAAAUCCAUCCAGUUGGAAUAACUCCCCACUCCUCACACACCAAAGGGAUAUUUAAAAGGAAACACAAUAAACACCACUGAAUUUGGUCU